UUUUCGUAAGUAACAAUGGAUUACGUCAGUUUUUUACGCAUUCAUUGAUAAACAAAGCAGCCCUUUAAAAACGGUUUUUGUUCGGAAAAGUCUUUUAAAAUGGAGAGUGAAAGUGUGGAGAGUUUGCAUUUUGUCAAAAUCCGUUUAUCAGACGGUCGGAGAAUCUUCCUGAAGACCGAGUGGACAGAAACAGGAAUAGACAUCCUGGCAAUUGAUGAGGAUUCAGAGGAGAAGUCUGCAUGGAAGGGCUUUCUGCCAAAAUGGGAAAUUGAAAGUAAAGCCAGAGAUUUGGAAGUUCCUUUUGAGGAUUUCUACAGCAAUACCAGAAAAGCUUUAACUACAAUUGAUGAGAGAUUUACUUACGAAAUUGCUGAAGGGUGUUUUCAGUGGACCAAAAUUGGGGAAGUUAAAGUUAUCUAUGGAUCGGCGAAUAUGAAAAAAUUACCUGAGAGUCCUGAGAUUGAUAUCAGGGAUAAGAUGAUGGAUGUUGUGAGUCAGUUGAGGAGGAAACUGGAGGGAAUGUCUGGAGAUUUGGAGAAGCUUGGGAAAGAUUGUGAAAUGUACGCUAAAGAAUUGGAUUUAGAGGUUAAAAGUAGAAAUGAUCGGGAGGAUGAAUUACUGUCCAAGGUUGUACUUAUGCUGAAUUCUAAGAAAAGACGAAUAGCUGCCUUGGAGGAUUAUUUAAAGAAGAAUUGCUCGAGGGAAAGUAUUUCGCAGGAUAGCGAAGUUGAUCAGGAUUCUGUGCCAAAUAUUGGGAAAUACUCACAGGAUUCGGAUCCUAGUUCCCAGGAGAUGAACAUUAGAUCGAUUCCCAAGAGGCAGAAGAUCUCAGAGCGACUUCCUGCAGUUACUUUGACGAGGAAUGCAGAGAAAGUGUCAGCAAAGGUGUCAAAUGCAGCAGAAGUGGACACGAUUUACAAUAAGGACACUCUCGAUUUGGAUUUAAUUAAUUAAAUUUAUUUACCGAAUGUUGAAAACUAGUUGAGAUACCACUGGAAUUUUAUAAGAGCUAUGAUCUAGUUGGCAUUAAAUAGAAAUCGCAGAUUUUGUUGAAGAAAGAACCAGCCAAUGGGAAGCCAGGAACGUUCCGCCAUAUUGGAAAUGCCUGUUUCCUAUUGGCUGAUGGUUUUUUCUUCUGUAAUAAAUUUUUGUUUUUUAUUUAAUGCGAAUUAGAAUUAUAAAUAUAAGUUUUUUUGUAAGAAAUAUUCAGCUAAAAAAAUUGGAACAAUGCAAAAUAUAAUUUACACACAUUCUA